UCCACUGCCGGGUCGAUGCCCAACACCCUGCCUGGGGCCUCCUGAUCUCGGCCCUCCCAGCAACCCCAGACUGCAUUCCCCUCACCGCCCGGGACCCCACGGGGCAACGGGGCCCCAAGUCUGUACCCACCAUGGGAAGCAAGGAGCGUUUCCACUGGCAGAGCCACAAUGUGAAGCAGAGUGGCGUGGACGACAUGGUGCUCCUGCCCCGGGUCAGUGAGGAGGCCAUCGUGGAGAACCUAAAGAAGCGUUUCCUAGACGACUAUAUCUUCACCUACAUCGGCUCUGUCCUCAUCUCCGUCAACCCCUUCAAGCAGAUGCCAUACUUCACCGACCGCGAGAUCGAGCUCUACCAGGGAGCGGCUCAGUACGAGAACCCCCCCCACAUCUACGCACUGACCGACAAUAUGUACCGCAACAUGCUCAUUGAUGGCGAGAACCAGUGUGUCAUUAUCAGCGGAGAGAGUGGGGCAGGGAAGACCGUGGCGGCCAAGUACAUCAUGGGCUACAUCUCCAAGGUGUCCGGCGGGGGAGACAAGGUCCAGCAUGUGAAGGACAUCAUUCUGCAGUCCAACCCGCUGCUGGAGGCCUUCGGCAACGCCAAAACCGUCCGCAACAACAACUCCAGCCGCUUUGGCAAGUACUUUGAGAUCCAAUUCAGUCGGGGAGGGGAGCCCGAUGGGGGAAAGAUCUCCAACUUCCUGCUGGAGAAAUCUCGUGUGGUCACCCAGAACGAGAGCGAGCGUGGCUUCCAUAUCUACUACCAGCUAAUUGAGGGGGCCUCCCAGGAUCAACGACAGAACCUGGGCAUUAUGACUCCUGACUAUUACUACUACCUCAACCAAUCUGAAACCUACAAAGUGGAUGACACCGACGACCGCAGUGACUUCCACGAGACUCUGAAUGCCAUGCAGGUGAUUGGCAUCCCCACUGAGGUCCAACAGCUGGUCCUACAGAUUGUAGCUGGUAUCCUUCACCUGGGCAACAUCAGCUUCUGUGAGCAGGGCAACUACGCGCAAGUGGAAAGUGCCGACUUGCUGGCCUUCCCUGCCUACUUGCUGGGCGUGGACAGCGGGCGACUCAACGAGAAGCUGACCAGCCGCAAGAUGGACAGCAAGUGGGGCGGGCGCAGCGAGUCAAUUGACGUGACUCUGAACGUGGAGCAGGCCGCCUACAGCCGCGAUGCCCUGGCCAAGGGGCUGUACGCCCGGCUCUUCGAUUUCCUGGUGGAGGCCAUAAACAGAGCCAUGCAGAAGCCCCACCAGGAGUACAGCAUUGGUGUGCUUGACAUCUAUGGAUUUGAGAUAUUCCAGAGAAACGGCUUUGAGCAGUUCUGCAUCAACUUUGUGAAUGAGAAGCUGCAGCAGAUCUUCAUUGAGCUGACGCUAAAGGCCGAGCAGGAGGAGUAUGUGCAGGAAGGCAUCAAGUGGACUCCCAUCGAGUACUUCAACAACAAGGUGGUGUGUGACCUCAUCGAGAACAAGCUGAAUCCUCCCGGCAUCAUGAGUGUCCUGGACGACGUGUGUGCUACCAUGCAUGCCACGGGGGGUGGGGCUGACCAGACGCUGCUGCAGAAACUGCAGGCCGCCGUGGGCUGCCAUGAACACUUUAACAGCUGGAGCUCUGGUUUUGUCAUCCACCAUUACGCAGGCAAGGUCUCCUAUGACAUCAACGGCUUCUGUGAGCGCAACCGUGACGUCCUCUUCUCCGACAUCAUCGAGCUCAUGCAGAGCAGCGAACAUGCCUUCAUCAGGAUGCUGUUCCCCGAGAAGCUGGACGCAGAUAAGAAGGGCCGGCCCACAACGGCAGGCUCCAAGAUCAAGAGACAGGCCAAUGAACUGGUGAGCACCCUGAUGAAGUGCACCCCCCACUACAUCCGCUGCAUCAAGCCCAAUGAGACCAAGCGGCCCCGAGACUGGGAGGAGAGCAGGGUGAAGCACCAGGUGGAGUAUCUGGGUCUGAAGGAAAACAUCCGCGUCCGUCGGGCUGGCUUUGCCUAUCGCAGGCCAUUCCAGAAGUUCCUGCAGAGGUAUGCCAUCCUGACCCCCGAGACUUGGCCCCACUGGCGAGGGGAUGAACGCCAAGGCGUGCAGCAUCUGCUUCACUCUGUGCACAUGGAACCCGACCAGUACCAGAUGGGCCGCACCAAAGUCUUUGUCAAGAACCCAGAAUCGCUCUUCCUCUUGGAGGAGAUGCGCGAGCGCAAGUUUGAUGGCUUUGCCCGCACCAUCCAGAAAGCUUGGCGGCGCCACGUGGCCGUCCGCAAGUAUGAGCAGAUGAGAGAAGAGGCCUCCAACAUCCUGCUCAACAAGAAGGAGCGACGGAGGAACAGCUUGAAUCGGAACUUCGUAGGGGACUAUCUGGGGCUGGAGGAGCGGCCAGAGCUGCGGCGCUUCCUGGGGAAGCGAGAGAGGGUGGAUUUUGCCGAUUCUGUCACAAAGUACGACCGGCGCUUUAAGUCCAUAAAACGGGACCUGAUCCUGACCCCCAAGCGCUUGUACGUCAUUGGGCGGGAGAAGGUGAAGAAGGGUCCCGAGAAGGGCCAGGUGCAGGAGGUGCUGAAGAAGCACCUGGACAUCCAGGUCCUGCGCAGCGUUUCGCUCAGCACCCGGCAAGAUGACUUCUUCAUCCUGCACGAGGAGGCGGCCGACAUCCUCCUGGAGAGUAUAUUCAAGACGGAGCUACUCAGUCUGCUGUGCAAGCGCUUUGAAGAGGUCACCCAGCGCGCCCUGCCCCUCACCUUCAACGACACGCUCCAGUUCCGAGUGAAGAAGGAGGGCUGGGGUGGGGGAGGCUCCCGCAACGUCAACUUCUCCCGCGGCUCCGGAGAAAUGGCCACCCUCAAGAUCAGCGGCAAGACUCUGAUGGUCAGCAUCGGCGAUGGGCUCCCCAAAAGCUCCAAGCCCACAAAGAAAGGAGCUCCCCGGAGCCAGAGCCGCGGUAGGCGGCCGGCUCCAGCCCGCAGUGCCCCAGGCCCCCCAAGAGGAACCUGCCGGAACGGGGCCCCUCCCGCAAUGGCACCCGGCAGUUCCCAGCAGCGGCUGGAGCAGAUGUACGCAGGACACCAGAAGCAGUCACGGGGUCCACCCGCCGCCAUGCUGCCCAAGCAGGGAGCGAGCCGGCGCAUGCGGGCUCGCCCACCCUCGGAGCAGAACUUGGAGUUUCUCAACGUGCCCGACCAGGGCAUGGCAGGGAUGCAGAGGAAACGGAGUAUUGGGCCACGUCCUCCACCAGGCGUGGGGAGACCUAAGCCCCAACCCCGAGCCCCAGGACCCCGCUGCCGGGCCCUCUACCAGUACGUGGGCCAAGAUGUGGAUGAGCUCAGCUUCAACGUUAACGAGGUCAUCGACAUCCUGCUGGAGGAUCCAUCUGGCUGGUGGAAGGGUCGUCUGCAUGGCCGGGAAGGCCUCUUUCCUGGCAACUAUGUGGAGAAGAUCUGAGGCCCAGAGUGGAGCCGCCCCAGCAACCAACCCUGCUCUUCCCUCUUUGGCCAUGCCUGGCCUGCCCUGCGCUGCUUCUCCUGAGCCCGACCCCACCCCAGCCUGGAGUCCCCCGUGUCACCCUCCCCCGCCACCCCGUCGCUGGCCUGUGGGCCCGGCAGGACUGACUUUCAGGCAGACCGGCAGGGGUGGGGAGCCCUCUUGGCCCGGUACGGUGACGGGCUGUGUGUGCAGAAGCCAGGACCUGGAUGGUGUGCCGAGCUGGGCACCUCACCCCCUCCGUCCCUUGCUGACCGAGAGGCACCCUCCACCUCUCCCUGCCCUGGACUCUCCUAAAUCCAUCGUCCUGGACUACUUCCUGUGGCCCCCACUGACUCUGGGGGGCUUGAGACUCCACAGUUUCCUGAGCAGCCUGCCAGGCAGCCAGCCAGCCACCCUUUCCUUUCCUUCAGCCAGCUCUGUCAGGCACAGCUGGAGAGGCAUGGCUGCAGACACAGCCCUAAUCCUGGGCUGCUCAGCACUCAUCGUCUAAGCUCAGCACCCGUUGUCCAAGCAGCUGGCCUAGGUCUCGGCUUGCACCGUCCAAGAAACAAGAAAAGACUCCAAGUUGCUGUCAAACUACAGGGACUUCCUGAGCUGUUGAUUCAAAAUGAAUGGUUGUUUGCAAGUUGAUUUCCAACCAAGUUGUGUGUUCUAGACUGUGAGCCCGUGGUUGGGUAGAGAUUGUCUCUAUCUGUUGCCGAAUUGUACUUU